AGUGACGUCAGAGGCGACUGGAGCGGGUGCUCGUGCUCGAUGAAGUCGAGUUCAGGGGGUCUGUGGAAGACAAGAGUCCAGACAGAGUGAAAGCAGGACGCGCCAGACGUCUGGGAACCUGGAGAACCGGUACGAUAAUUCUGCGUGAGCCUGUUUUGGGCUGAAAAGCUCUUGAAAUACCACAAAAGACACUGAAUUGCCCCUAAAAUGCAUCAAAAUUACUGAAAGGCCUAGACGCUUCUGAAAAUCCCCUAAAGUUACUGAAACACCCUUAAACACUUCUGAAACACCCUUAAGCACUGAGAUGCCCUUAAAAUGCCCUAAAAGCCCUAAAAGUUACUAAAACACAGUUGAAACGCAACUGAAGAUACUGAAAUGCCCCUAAAGCCACUGAAACACCUUUAAAGACUCCUAAGUUACUGUAACAUCCCUACGUUCUCUUAAAGGUUACUGAAACGCUGUUGAAACGCAUCAGAAGAUACUGAAAUGCCCCUAAAGCUGCUGAAAUACCCUUAAAACACCCAGAAGAUACUAAAAUGCUUUGAAACACUUCUGAAAUGCCCUUAAGCACUCCUAAGUUACUAAACUGCCCUUGAAACACCUUAGAAGACACUAAAUCACCCCCAAAAGACGCUUCUAAUGGUACUAAAACAACCUUGAAAUACAACAGACGAUACUGAAAAACCCCUGAAAACAUUUAAAAUGCCCUAACACUCUGUUAAAGUUACUGAAACACUCUUAAAUUGUUUUAAAAGUUACUGAAAUGCCCCAAAACACUUCUAAAAGCCCCUAAAAAGUUACUGAAACACCCUUGAAAUUCCCAGAAGUUACUAAAACACCCUUAAAACACCCUAAAUGAUAUUAAAAUGCCCCAAAACGCUUCUGAAAUGCCCCUAAAGCUACUGAAAUACAAUUCAAACGCCCUGAAAAAACUUUUGAAAUGCCCUAAAACUCUCCUUAAAGCUUUUAAAAUACCCCUAAAAUGUUUCUAAACACCUUUGAAACAACCAGAAAACACUGGAAAACUUCUUAAACACCCUUAAAACACUCCUAAAGUUACUGAAAUCCCCCAUAAGAUACUCUAAUGCUUCUAAAGUUACCGAACGGCCUUUGAAAUGGCUCUGUGAUGGUUCUGAAUUUACUGGAAAUGUUCCAAGUUACUAAAUCGCACAGAAACGCUUAUACAACUCCAGUUAAAUACUUCUAAAGUUGCUGAAACAACCUUGAAGCGCCCCAGAAGACACUAAAAAAGCCACAAAACACUGCUGAAACGCUCCUAAACCACUUCUAAAUUUACUGAAAUUCUCCUAAAGCUUCUGAACUCUACAUGAACUCACCAUGAGAUUCUUGAGUUGUUUUUUGAUCAUAUAAGUACGUCGUCACAGUAUGUCAAUCAGCACUGAACUGCCGUUACGCUGCCCAACCUGCGGAGAGGCGUGUGGGUUUGGGGAGCACCUGUCUAGCGUCCGCUCCUGCCAGAAAUUCUGUCUGACUCCUCGCCGGAGCUCCGAAGGUGGACUGAUGUCGCUGUACGCCCAGCGGGAGAGCGACCGCCCUCUGCGCCUGGAGCUCCUAGAUGCCCUGAGUUUGGCCCGUCCGCUCCGAAAGAUCCUCAUCCAGAGGGACUCACCCCCGUCCCUGUCUCCGGUGCUGGCAGUCGCCGUGAGCUCCAGAGCCACAGAGGCGGAGGCAGACGCCGGACACGCCGUGGCCCAGCUGGGAGUGCCGUGGCUGGGCAGGCUGGCGCUGGAGGCCCGGCUUCAGCAGCUGGCACUGGAGGUGCAGGAGCGCGUGUCGCUCAAACUGGAGGCGCUGCAGGACGAGGUGAAGAGGAGGAGCACCGAGGUAAGGAGAGCCAGGAAGGAGAGCGAGCGCAUGCACAGGGAAAAACGCCAGGCGGAGGAACGGGCGGCCGAACUGGAGCGGCAGGUGGACAUUUCUGUGGAGAUGCUGGCCAGCCUCAGAUAUGAGCUGAGAGAGAGAGACGAACAGCUGCGACGCAAACAACAGGAAGUGUGUGAGCUGGACAGGUUUGUGCGGGACACGGCGCUACAGGAAGCCAGCGCAAAGAUCCGUCUGCAGCGCUUCAUCGAGGACCUGCUGGAAAGAGCCGAGAGAGCAGAGACGCAGCUGCAGAACUUCCACGAUGACGUCGCUUCCCCUCACAGAUACCUGGCAGGAAGCAGAGCGUCAGGCUACCAGAGGAGUUACAGCGUGUCUGGGAUGAGCAGGAGAUCAGCUCAUCUGUCUGAUCACAGAGUCGCUCAACACUACAGGUACGAGCGGAGGCCGCGCACGCUGUCGGUGGGUUCGGGCGGCUGUGAGGGUCACUGGGACGGACGGCAGUAUCAGCACAUAAUGUGUGGAGCCAUUGAGGGUCCCGACAGCGGCUCCGAUUCGCCUUGGAUGAUUCAACGCACACACGCUGAUGCCGACUCAGACAACUGGUCACUUUACACCGCAGAAUCACAGGACGACACACAACACACCGGAUACAGGACCUACAGCCACACAGGUCAGAAUCUCCACUGGCGUGUGAACAGAUCCAGUGAAUCGGCCGUGUGUUCAGAGCGUCUGAGGCUGAAAGCGGCGCUGUUUUGUGCGUUCACUUAUCUGGACACGCGCUCACUGCUCACCGCCGCGGAGGUGUGUAAGGACUGGCGUAGUGUCGCCCGUCAUCCUGCUGUUUGGACCAGAGUAACACUGGAAAACGCACGCGUGUCAUCAAAGUUCCUGAUGACUCUGUCUCAGUGGUGCUGUCAGACUCAGUCUCUCGUUCUUCACAACCUCAAACCUCGACCUCGUGGCAAGAAGGAGAGCAAAGACGAGUAUUCACGCAGCACCAGGGGCGGGCUGGAGGCGGGGCUGGAGGCGGUGCUGAAGGCAGCGGGGCGGAGUCUCGUUGCUCUGAGCGUCUCUAAUUGUCCCAACAUUCUGACGGACAGAUCGCUGUGGCUCGUCAGCUGUCACUGUCGCGCGCUGCAGUCGCUCACGUACAGGAGCGCGUCGGAUCCGGUGGGACAGGAAGUGAUCUGGGCUCUGGGAGCGGGAUGCAGGGACAUCACGACGCUGCGGAUCGCUCCUCUACAGCCGUGCCUGCAGCCCAGUCGCUUCAGCAACCGCUGCUUGCAGACGAUUGGCCGCUGCUGGCCGAACCUGUGUCGGGUGGGAGUGGGCGGGGCCGGCUGCGGCGUGCAGGGAUUGGCCUCUCUGGUCAGGAACUGCGUGAACCUGUGCGAGCUGGAGCUGGAUCACAUGAACGAGCUGAACCAGGAGGGAGCGGCGGAGAUCUGCAGAGACGGCCUACAGCAGCUCCACACGCUCAGCUUCAUCUCCACACCCGUCACCGCCAAAGCCAUACUGCACUUCAGGAGUGUGUGUGUGAGUCUGAAGUGUGUGUUGGUUCGGUUGUGUAUCUCUGAUUACUUCGAAGAUGCCGACAAUGAAGAAGCCAAGAGAUUAUUUGAGGAGAUCGUCAACAACCUACAGGCGUUGAGGAAACGUCCCGGUCUGAGUGACGUCCUGCAGAUCAGAGUCGACAAACCCUGAGAAUCACAUCUGAUCAGCUUCUGAUUCACUGUGACCAUCUGACGCACGCACACACACACACACACACAAACACACUUUUAUUGUUUUUAAAUGAACCAAAUUAUAUUAAUCACAAACAUAAACAUAAACAACAUAAACCUACAGGAGAACUUACGUUUUUAUGAAUUAUUAGGUCGGCUUGAGAAAGCUACUUAAAUUUAAACUCCCAGAAUCCAUUGAGACUAAAUCAAGAC